AUGGAUGACAACCCUUAUCAACCUCCGCUGCCUCCCUUGGCCAGUCGAACGAGAAAUAAGGCAAUCCGCAUUGUCGAACCAGACAGCGGGAGAGUGGUAAUUCCAGUGGCAGUUCCUCGAAUUUCAUUGAGAAAUCCUCACACAUUGCCAGCAUCAAACGGACACAACGUUAUUCCAGCAACGCCAAAAAUUACGACCGGUCCACGAUCCAAUGCCAAAAAUCUACCACCUGACGUUCCUCCUCUUCAGCAGACAACUACGGGAAAACAGACACAAGAACCGCUUGCCGUAAAACCGCCCAAAUCGAUUCAGGUUGAGGUUGAGUCUGUUGCGGGAGAUUUCGAGCAUGCUUUCGAUGUCUAUGCUCGCCCUUUUGUUCCGCAAGCUCUUAGCUUCGUCAACACAUUGCAAGGGCAUGUACGAGAAACUCCUCCACUGAAUACAAUGCAUUUCGAAAAUUAUUCCAAAGCGUAUGUUGGCAAAGCCUUCCUACCUCAAAUACCCGAACCUAUCACUUCUCCACCAUCCACCACGGUAAAGCCUAUCCGCUCGCGCUAUGAGGAGUAUUUUCGAUAUCACUUGGAGGCAGAAAUAGCGUCCCAGGAAUUACAAAAGAAUUCAUACGCCAUUUAUGCAGCUUCUCCUUCCAAAAUAAUACGAGGUUCACUCGUCUCUUCACAGCAGACACAGCAAUGCUUUGUUAGCUUUGAGGUUCCUGGUGUGCGAGAGAAUAGCCCUUAUAUCGAGGAAGAUGAUGUGCUCGAUGUUCGACAACUCCUUCAUGGCCAACGCAGAGAAAGAGGCUGGACAGGCAUAAUCCAUCAAGCACGGGUAUUUAGCGUGCAAAGGAAGGAUAAAGAAGUAAUUCUUGCCAUCACAGACCUCAACAUGUCGCCCGCUCAUAGUCCAAUAUUCAACAUCCAAUUUCCUGUCCAGGUACAGCGAUACACUCCGAUGAAAGAGGUCUUACCAAUUAUCCAGCAAGGCCUUGUUCUGUAUGAUGAUCAUUUGGCGGAUGCUAGUCCCGAUAUCCCUCGUCAUUGGCUUCAAUCUAUGCUUUUCCCCAUAGAACAAGAUGGAAUGAUGCAGACGAGAUUGAAUCCGGCUUCGUUUAAUAGAGAGUUGUUCGACGACCAACUUAAUCGGGAGCAGCAGUUGGCCGUCGAACGUAUUAGUCUACAGAACUUUGGUACUCUUCCAUACCUGAUUUCCGGGCCACCAGGCACCGGGAAGACCAAGACUUUAGUAGAGAUUGCUCUGCAACUUCUUUUCUACGACAACAACAUAUCUCACAUUUUGGUAUGCGCACCAUCAGACCAAGCCGCAGACACGAUAAUUCAGCGCCUUGCUAAGCAUCUAAAGCCACAAGAGAUGUUGAGACUGAAUAGACCUCCAAGAACUUUUACCGAGGUUCCUGAAGCUGUCUUGCCCUAUUGUCAUAUUACUCACGGGCCGGAACAAAAGUUCUCCUUGCCGCCUUUUGAACAGCUUAUGUGCUUCAAAAUUGUUGUCACUACAUGUAGAGAUGCCUCGCUUCUUCUGUAUUCACGGAUGACUAAUUACGACUUGUUUGCUGCUGAGUACGGCCUUCGCAAGACUAUUCAUCCGUCUGCGAAGCUCCCUAGAGUUGACCUACAUUGGGGUGCUCUUCUCAUUGACGAAGCAGCUCAAGCGACAGAACCGGAAGCUCUUCUUCCCCUUUCUGUUGUAUCCCCACCUCGGGAAUUUGUCUUGGUGCCGUUCAUGCCAUUGUUCGUAAUGGUAGGAGAUGAGUGCCAACUUGGUCCUCGAACAUCACUUCCUUCUUCGCCAUUAAAGAAAUCACUUCUUGGACGACUCUUUGAACGUUCAGUUUAUGCACAACAUCCGCUAGCACGAAGUGAAACCGGGAAAGCGCCUCCUCCUCUGAGCAAAACGAUGCUUCCGAUACUCCGACCAGCAUUUACAAAUCUGAUUCGCAAUUACAGAUCGCAUCCUGCCAUUCUUGCUGUCCCUUCUUCCUUGUUCUAUUCGGACACAUUGGAAUCCGAGGCAGAAGACACAGGUCGUCUUGCUUCAUGGCCAGAAUGGAAAGGCAGAAAAUGGCCAGUGUUGUUUGUAAGCAAUAACUCGCCGGACGAUCUAGAACUAGAUGGCGGUGGUUGGUUUAAUCGUGGUGAGGCACAGAUUGCAGCUCAGUACGCAUCUAGCCUCGUGGAGUCGGGUCUUGUUGAGCCGAAGGAGAUUUGUAUCAUGAGCCCAUUCAAGGCCCAGGUUGUUCGGUUGAGACAGGAGGUACGGAAAACAGAUCGAAAUUGGGAUGUUAAUAUUGGCCCGACCGAGGCAUAUCAAGGUUUGGAGAAAGGAGUAGUGAUUCUUUGUACCACAAGAUCAAGACAACGCUUCGUCCAAAGAGACCAAAAGGCCGAUUGGGGACUUAUUGGCAUGCCAAAUAAAAUGAAUGUCGCACUCACACGAGCAAAGUUUGGGCUCAUUGUCAUCGGAAAGAUAGAUGUCUUGAUGGAAGACCCGAAUUGGAAAGCAUUCAUCCAUUUCUGUGAAAGAAAUGGGUUGAUGGCUGGGGAUAUCGCGGGUGGUGCACGUCUUGAAGAUAGCGGCGUGCUUACGAGAUUGGAGAAGGUUCUCUUGGCUAGUGAAAAUACAGAGGAAACUCAGGUUCUUGGUGGUGUAAAUCAGGAUGAUGAGAUGUGGAUUUCUGAACAACAUGCGACUUUGAAAAUGUCUGAAAAUGGUAACUGUGUGUAA